UGCAUAUCCAAAAGUUGCAGCCAUCUCAUCAAUUAAAUUACAAGUGCCUUGCUGUUUAAGUAAGGGGAAAGGACAUAGAGAUGGGAGGAUCAGGGUACACAAGGCAAAGGAAGUCAUCAUCUUCCUUCUCCAUUCUCAAUAUUUUCAAGUGCUGCUGUUCUCAGGGGAGAGAUGACAUAAGUGAGGAAGGGAUGUAUGUGAGAGCCUACACCAGAGAUGAUGAUAGAAUCCCCUGCACCGCCGAACCGGGGAUCGACCGUCGAGCUUCAGCCUUCAUUGAUAGGGUCAAGAGGACUGUUACUGAAUCCGAGCGCCAAAUCCUUACUGCCUAAGUUGCUUAAUUAUUUUUUGGUUUUUACUUCUUUCUAGCUAUUUCCGUCCUGUUUCUUUAUUUUUGUAAUUUUGUUAAUUUCAUGUCUGCUUAAAUGUUCCCAACUUGUAAGAUGUAAUAAUGAGAACAAAUAAUU